ACUUUCAAAAUUUCCUCCGCCGCUUUUCUUCUUGCAAGACCGCAAGUCAUGCAUUCGCCCGCUCACGCCGAGCGCCAAUUCUCCGAAUGCAUACUUUGUCGCUACGUGCCUUUCGCUCGGCAGCACUCGGUCUUCGGAAACAGCCUUCUCUGGCGACGACGACCGGUCGAUUGUUCCACGUCUCGGCGAGGGUUCGAGCUGCGGCGGCUGAUGAUAAUGAUGGAAGUAAUAAACCGGAUAGAGAGAAUGGAAAUGGGGAAAAUGUGGACGAGAAUAUAUUUGGAGAGAAUGCGGCUACGGCGAACGGAGAGAGUCAGGGGAGGAAGAAACCUGGGAGUAAUGGUUCCUUGAGGUCGCGCACCCUGCGGAAUAGAAAACCUGAGGAGUUGCCCCCGGUCCCGGUGCCGAAGGCGUUUCUUGAUAAUGCGAUUGCUCGGUUCGAGGAUAUACGAGACGGUGUUGGUUUGGAUUGUAUUCAUGAGAAGGAUGCGCGCGUCAAGCUGGAGGAUACGUUGUACCAAUCCCCGGAAUGGAUUUGGGAUGAGCUUAUGACCUCUAUAUUCGAUGUGACGGCUUGGAGUGAGGAAACUCUUAACGAGGCCCUUGGCAGUCUUACGGAAGAUCCGGAUCAUAAGCCUCUUCACAAAAAGGGCGAUAUCCUAGCCGCUGCGGCGCUCUGGAGGGCUGUUCUGUCGGUCCGGGAGGCUUACGGGGAAGAGGCCGCGGAUAAACUGCUAGAACACAACUCGAUAUCGAGUAGUAGCGAUCUACUAGCCGCUCUCACUUAUGGAAAGGUUCUUGUUGGCAAAGAUCAGUCGCCGAUACAGCACAGCCAAGUCAAGCAAAUACUAGACGCUACGCUAAAUGAUUCUUCUCUAGGGGAGUCUACUGUGAAUUGGUUUGAGGAGGACUUAAUCGAAGAGAUCAUAGCCUCUGUCAACGCUGAUCUCAUAGUGCCGGCCCCGAAGAACGUGAAGCUUGCCGAGCUACGGCGACCAGUCACCAUCUUCAAUAUGGCUGAUUACUCCGGGUUUACAGUAUCCCGUGAAAUUGUGCGACAUGUCGCUGCUAGGUUAGAAGCCGAUGUUCUACAUCUGAAAGCUAGUGACAUUGCACAAAUCGUUGGGAGUUAUCUAGGCCAAGAUUCUGUGAGGGCACCCGGUGCUAUGUCACAACUGGGUUACAAAGCUGCGGAGAUCAAUGGGAGAUUAAAACCACAUCGAGCCACCUAUGAAGAUGGCGGUUAUCCAGAAGAUAUAGGAGCACCUUAUACAAUCGUUAUGCGCGAUGAAAGGCUAAGAAAAGAUAACAAGAGGUAUAUAUCCCUGAUGGAUGACUUCUUAAACGGAUCAGCCCGAGGGAAGAAUGACGAACUCUGGGAGGAUCUAAAAGUCAACACGGCUCUAGAGGAACUCAUCCAUUCCGCCGAUUCCGAGUCUACCGAACAGAGACCAAUCAUCGUUCAUGUUGAUGACUUCAACGCCAUGAAUACCGAAUUAGAUUGCGGGGCCACAGUAAUAGGCAAGAUUCGGAAACUCGUCGAUGGCCUUUGGUCGGACGGUCGAAAAAUCGCUCUCAUUGGUUCAUGUUCUAGCAAAUUUGCACCGAGGCCCUAUACAACCGGCUUAAAAGAGCUCGACUUGACGGAGCGAUUAAUAAACUUACGUAUGGUUUGUCUUCGAUUAGAUACCGAUCAGAAGGCUCGAGGUUUCAUGGCAAAAACGGCGGCGAAAGUGCUCCAGCGUGAAAUGUACGAAAAGAAGGACUUUAUAAAAGAGAACGAGAGGAAUAUUGUACGAGUACUAACAUCAAUGAUCGAACCUCCGUCCGAAGCCACCGUAAUGACUACCGGUGAAAUGGGACUCAGCCAAAUAGACCUUAGAAAACUACCCAGCUCUUGGACUAAUGGUGUUUUACCGCUCGCUAAAGUGUACCGUAUCGUAACCACGAUGAUAGGUCAUUCCAAGAAUCUAACUGAUGUAUACGACAUCAAGUCAAUAGAAAAGGCUGCUGAGAUGACCAAGAAACUCGAGCAACCGGUAGUGAAGCACCAUGAAGCCAGCCAUACCGAAGAUAAGAGCGAACGAAGAGCGCCUCAAGACAUGUUCGACGCGCGCAGGCUUAAUCCAUCUGAAGAAAAUUACGAAGAGAGACUCGAGUCGGGUCUGGUAAAUGCGGAAGAUAUCCGCACUACAUUUAAGGACGUCCAUGCGCCGAAGGAGACAAUUGAGUCGGUCAAGAUGCUCACUACUCUUUCCUUAAUCCGCCCCGAAGCCUUUUCUUAUGGUGUCCUCGCCACAGAGAGGAUUCCAGGGUGUCUCCUAUACGGUCCUCCGGGAACGGGAAAGACGCUACUAGCGAAGGCGGUGGCUAAGGAGAGCGGGGCGAACAUGAUCGAGAUCAGCGGCGCCAGUAUCAACAAUAAAUAUGUUGGUGAAAGUGAGAAGAGCGUGCGAGCCCUAUUUCAACUUGCUAAAAUGAAGGAGCCGUUAGUCAUCUUCAUCGAUGAGGCAGACGCGCUACUAGGCGCGCGGGGUAGGAGGGAUCUAGGUGCAAGGCGCGAGACUAUCAACCAGUUCCUACGAGAGUGGGAUGGUAUGGACAAGACAAAGGCAUUCAUAAUGGUAGCAACGAAUCGCCCCUUUGACCUCGACGAGGCCGUAUUACGUCGCCUGCCCCGAAAACUUUUGAUCGACUUGCCCUUAGAGCAAGACCGUGCGGCUAUACUUAGGAUACACCUAAAGGACGAAAUCCUUGAUGAAACAACGGUAUCAAUUGAGGAUAUCGCCAAGCGCACACCACUAUACUCCGGUUCAGACCUGAAGAAUGUCUGCGUAGCCGCGGCAAUGGCAGCAGUUAAAGAAGAGUUAGAGUUGGAAGAACAACAAACCAAGGAAGGACAAGAAGAGAGCAGUAAUAAUAGUAAUACAACCAGCCCGAAGAGACGAAUACUCGCAGGCCGCCAUUUCGACAAGGCUCUCCAAGAAAUUGGAGCUAGCGUGUCGGAGGACAUGGCGACGCUAACAGCGAUCCGCAAAUUCGACGAGAAAUACGGAGAUAACGUCGGAGGAGCAGGUGGACGCCGCCGAAAGAGGAAGGGUAUGGGUUUUGAGCUCGCGGCUGAUGCUGCGGCGGCGAAUGAUGCGGAUGCUGAGGCUAGAGGGGCUAGGGUUAGGAGUGAUCGGUGAUCACUACCUACAUCAUGCCAAGCUAAGUCUUGCCGUCAUGCUCUUGGUUGUACUAUACUACUAGUAUUUGAGUGAUAGAAUACAACGAGCUAUGACUAUAGUUAUGGCUAUGGCCAUGGUCGAUUAGGUAAUGUGCAUACCUUUU